UCAGUAUGGAUCACAUUGCCUUAUUCGGAGCCCUUAUUGUGGUUAUCGGACUCAGCUCUUCCGAAGUGCAAGCCUCGGACCCGGAGCUUACUGUCGAUUUUGCUGCACCUCCCGGUAUUGAUGGAAGUUUCUUCAGAUCUGUUCGGCUGGAGAAUGUUACGAUAGAUUCACCCUACCUUGCAACGGUGACUCCGAUCAAUCAGUUCAGCUUUCCGGCUCUUUUCGGUCUCGGGAUCUCUUCUGCUCUGGUGCAGUAUCCUGCAGGAGCUCUCGAUGUUCCUCACACCCACCCUCGUGGGACUGAACUUCUUUUCCUCAUAGAAGGAAGCCUCGACGUCGGAAUUGUGGACACCACCGGCAAACUCUUCACUGCAAGCAUUAAUCCUGGUGAUCUGUACGUGUUUCCAAAGGGCCUGGUUCACUUCCAAAUCAACCGCGGUGAAACACUGGCCAAGGCUGUGGUUAGUUUCAGCAGUUCCAACCCAGGAACCGUUAAGCUACCCAUCAAUCUCUUCAAAACUGAUAUUCCCGACUACGUCCUCAUGAAGUCGUUUGGAGUGGGCAAGGCCGUCCUCACAAGUCUGAAGAAUGCAGAAGUUAGCUAAAUCGAGAUCCAGAUUUGUAUCAUAUUUGUUAAAUUUGUUGGUAAGCUGUACAAGCACAUCGUUUAGUGUGGAAAAGAUCAGUAGGACUGCGGACUAGACCAUUUGGCAGCUAAGGAUAUGCAUUUUAAUGGUGAUAUUUACUGAUAUGGCUGUAUGAAACUUUUUCUAUAACUAUAGCUUUAAGUCUACAAUAAUGUGGCAAAUGCUGACUCUUCCUGGA